AGCAGCUUUCGGAGGCUUCAAAGACAACCUACAAAUCUCCUUCUACACCCGAACACCAGCGAUAACCCAAAGAUCAGAUCAACUCAUGCCUCCCACUACGAGUUCCCAGCCUGAGGCUCAACUCGAAGACCCUUACGCACAACUCGCGCUUGAUAGGCUAGCGCAUGCCUCGUCAUCCGGCGCUGACGUGGCGGCUCCGCAGGGAGUCGCGUCGCGUCCAACAGGAAGGCGGACGCUGUGUGAGCGCUGUCAGCGGCCGUCGCGCGCGUGUCUAUGCCCUAGCUUACCGCCGAGUAGAUUAAAGACUCGGACGCGCGUAAUAGUUCUGCAGCACCCACACGAAGCCAAGAAGCGGCUUGCGACGGCGCCGAUCCUCGCGCUCACGCUAGAUUCCACACGAAUCAUCACGGGACGAAGGUUCCUAGCAGGAUCCUAUGCUGAGCUGGACCAGGCGUUGAUCCCUCGCUGUAGGGACAGAUCGGGUGCCUCGUGGCAGGGCGGGAGUGGGAGCAGGGAUACGGAGGCGGGAAGGGGAGAAGAAGAAAACGGUCACUGCAGAGGAGAGGGAAGGGAGGGAGGGGAUGGAGUGGAGGCAGGUGAAGGGAGAGAUAUUGAGGAUGUUGUUGGGAGGCGAGUGGAGAGAAGAGAGAGGCAAUGGAGGGAAGGACAUGGCGACGAGGGUGGUGCGAGAGCGGAGGUAGGGUCAGAGGGUGAAGAAAAGAAGGAGCGGGCCAGCACCAGUGCAUCCGUGCAGUGCAAAGAGAGGAGUAGGGAUGCAUGGGACGGUAUGCGCGCAUCGGCUGAGGCGGCUCAAAUGAGAGGUGCAGGGGAUGGUAUAUGUGUGUGUGGGCAUGUGCGGCUGCUCCUGUUCCCGGGGGAGGGAGCAGAGCCAGUGGGUGACUGGUGGAGGUGGUAUCUGCACCAGCGUCAACUGGAGCUGCAGCAUCCGGGGCAGCAUGAAGUGGAGCAGCACCCUGUGAGAUUCCAACAGCGUGUGAGGGUCCAACAGCAUGGCUGCGCGGCUGAGACAGCAUGUGGGAUGGCAGUGCAAACAUGUGGGGUGGGGCGUGGGGAGAAGGGACGGGUAUGUGGGGAGGGGUAUGGUGUGACCCUGGUGGUGAUCGAUGGGACGUGGGAGCAUGCCAAGGAGAUGAUGAAGGCGAGUGGAAGCUUCCUCAGGCGGCACUGCAAGAUGGUGUGCCUUCCGUUUGACCUUGCAUCACCAGGUCCUCCUCCUGGCCAUUUGGGCCUUGUGAUGCGCAAGGAGCCCCACAAAGGUGCGGUGAGCACAGUGGAAGCAGUGGCGCGAGCUCUGGAUGUGCUUGAAGGCGAUUUGCUUGAGGGGGUUGGGACUGGUGAGAAGGGAGCUUCUAGGUGGUUGCUGUCUGCUCUUCACCAUAUGGUAUCUUUUCAGUUGCAAAGUACACGCGGCGUGAAGCAACGGUGAGAUCAAAGGCAAGUGGAAGCUUGUGUUUUACGAUUCAUUUUCAUCAUACAAACCUUGUAUAUGUAGCACACUUUUAAAUGUAUGUGUGUGCUGGUUUAAUAUAUGUAUGCACCGGACUGUACCACCUGGGGUGGGUGUUGAGAGCUGUUGUCGACAAGAAAAUUGAGUCCUUUCG